AUGAGAAGACCUCAAGGUCAACAGACUGUCAAGAGACUGAACGUCUCCAAGCUGAAGAGCAGUAAAGUUGCAGAAGACUUCUUCAAAGUUCUCGAGAGUAAGCUGAAGGAUACAGUGGAAGAUGAUGGGACAAGCAUAGAAGAGCACACCAGAAUGACCCCCCCCCCCCCACAAGUCAAGAAAGAUGCCCUUGUCAAUGUCAGACAAAAAGUCCAGAAGAAGCUGCGUGAGAUGCAGGACACCUGGUUUAGCAACAAGAGGAAAGGCAACCGUCAGUCUUGUGACGACCACAGAGGCAUCUCCCUCCUGUUCAUUGCUGAAAAGAUUCUGGCUCGUCUCCUUCAACACCUUCAACAAGAACACUUCCCAGAAUUUCAGUGCGGCUUCCGCACUGAACGUUGUACAGCUGACAUGAUAUUUGCGACACGCCAACUCCAGGAAAAAUGCCAGGAGCAGGACUGCGACCUCUACAUGACCUUUUUCGAUCUAACAAAGGCUUUCGACACGGUCAGUAGGGACGGUUUGUGGAAGAUCAUGGAGAAGUUUGGCUGUCCCAGCAAGUUUGUCACAUUUGUCCGCCAGUUUCACGAUGGCAUGAUAGUGAAGGUACUGGGUGACGGAGACGAGUCAGAAGCCUCCCCUGUGACAAACAGCGUGAAACAAGGCUGUAUUCUCGCUCCAACCCUCUUCAACAGGAUGUUCUCGGCCAUGCUGAAUGAUGCCUUCCAAGACUGUGAGGAUGGAACGGACCGAAGGAUAUUCAACCUCCUACGCCUGCAGGCUGUUACGAAGGGGGGAAAACUGUUAUCAGGGAUCUUUUGUUUGCUGAUGAUUGUGCCCUCAAUGCAAGCACAGCAGAUGAUGCAGCAUGAAAUGGACUGCUUCUCACGUGCCUGUGACAGCUUUGGUCUUACCAUCAGCACCAAAAAAGACUGA